AUGAGAAACAUAACAGACGUUGACGCUGCCGGCGGCGUACUCCGAAGAUCACAGAUCAAGCCGGUAUAUGAUGCGACUGUGCCGUACUGGCGAACAGAACUGCACCCGAUUGAUGACCAUCGCUCGACAGAAGAGCUACCGGAAGAAUGCGACAUUGCGAUCAUUGGCGCUGGUUUCUCUGGCGUUGCGACGGCUUAUCAUUUGGACAAGCUACAUGAUGGUAAGGAGAGACCGUCAAUCGUUAUGCUGGAGGCGAGACGAGUGUGUGAGGGUGCUACUGGGCGGAAUGGAGGCCACGUCAAGAUGAAGACAGCGACAGUGCAUGGGCUCAUCGAGAAGUUCGGUACAGAGCUAGCCAUGGAAGUGCGCGAUCUCGUCAUGGCUCAGAACUACGCCUUGAAGGACGCCGUUGAGACGGAGAAUCUGGACUGCGAGUUCGAACUCCGACGAAGCUACGAUGUUUACAUUGACGAGGACGAAGCUGAGAAGGCGAAGAAGGACUUCCUGGCCAACCUCAAGGCGGGAGCGAGGUGGACGAGGGAUGUCGAUAUGAUCGAGGGCAAGAACAUCGAGCAGGUCACAUCAAUUAAAGGCGCCAAACUCGCCCUGAGCGUCCCAAUCUGCUCCCUCUGGCCCUACAAAUUCGUCUCCCAGAUCCUCGCCCGCCUCGUCGAGCGCAAAGCAGUGAACCUCCAAACCAAUACCCCUGUCACCAGCGUCGACUCCACCUCCCCUCGCCACCCCAGCGCCAGCAUCAUCCACACCCCCCGCGGCACGCUAAAAGCCAAAAAACUCAUCUUCGCCACCAACGCCUACACCGCCGGCAUCUGCCCCUCCUACCACGAAACCAUCACCCCCGUCCGCGGAACCGCUUCCCACCUCGUACCCUCGAACCUGAUCUCGCCGCAUCUAAGUCACACCUACAACAUCAACUACGCCCGUCCUUCACCCACCAGCAAAUCCCGCGUCGACUACCUCAAUCCCCGCCCCGACGGCUCCAUCGUCGUCGGCGGCGGAAAUUGGACUUACAGCAAUUCGUUGUCGAAAUGGUACGACAACUUCGACGACAGCACGCAGCUCUCCGAAGCGCGCCCGCAUUUCGACAGCCUGAUGCAGCGACACUUCAAAGGCUGGGAGGAGAGCGGGGCGGGGGUGGAAAGGGUGUGGACGGGGAUCCAGGGGUAUACGCCUGAUGGGCUCGCGCACGUGGGGGAGGUGCCGGGGAAGGAGGGGAGGCAGUGGAUUUUGGCGGGGUUUAACGGGGGUGGGAACGCGUUUAUUUGGUUGACGGCGAAGGGGGUGGUGGAGAUGGUUGCGAAUGGGAAGGACUUCGAGGACACGGGCUUGCCGAAGUUGUUCAAGACGACGGAGGAGCGGUUGAGGCAGCGGAUGGAGUGA